CUUCAUAACAGUGUGAGAGGGCGAUCACAGAGAAAGAGAGACGGGGACUGACAGAGAGUCAGAGCACAGGAGGGGCAGGCGGCGAAGGAGGAGGAGGAGUGGGAAAGGUCAAUCGCCAUGGCGACAGACCCAGGAGAGCCCACUGCCACCGAGGAGUCCCCUGGAGAGAAACCUGAUGGAGAAAGGGAGGAGGAGAGUGACCAGGGGAACAAGGCCAUCUGCAAGAGAGAGGGAAUGCACAGCACUCCUUCUGAUUUUGCUUCCUCACAGACUCAGGAAAGGAGGGCAUGGGGAGCAUGUGGAGGUGGAGGAGGAGUGGAGGACAGUAAAGAAACUGAAGUGCCCAUUAGACCUCUGACCUUUUUCAUGCCCUCCUUCCCGGCAAACCACGAGCCUUGCCGGAGACGCGAGAACAAGCGCUUCUUUAGAAAGAGUGUGGAGAUAUGCGAAGAAGAUGACGAGGUGGAAGAAACCCCCGAUACUCCUCACAGUGCCCCUCACCUCAAGUUUUGUUCCUCGGACUCUGUUUUCAACAGCGGAGCCCAGCAGCUACCCCCCAGCACCUCGACCGCCUUGGGUGAAGAUGGCACUCAUAGUACCCAGGACCCUGAUAAGAGCGCACUUUCAGCUUCCACUCUAAAGGGGAAGGAGAGAGAUCGGGAGCAAGAGGAGGAGGCCGAGAUGAAGGCUGUUGCCACUUCACCUAGUGGACGAUUUCUCAAGUUUGACAUAGAGCUUGGAAGAGGAGCAUUCAAAACAGUUUACAAAGGUCUGGAUACAGAAACCUGGGUGGAAGUCGCCUGGUGUGAACUACAGGAUCGAAAGCUAACCAAGGCAGAGCAGCAGCGGUUUAAAGAGGAGGCUGAGAUGCUAAAGGGUCUACAGCACCCCAACAUUGUGCGUUUCUACGAUUCCUGGGAGUCUGUUCUUAGAGGAAAGAAGUGCAUUGUCCUAGUGACAGAGCUCAUGACCUCUGGAACACUCAAAACGUACCUUAAGCGAUUUAAAGUGAUGAAGCCCAAGGUUCUACGGAGCUGGUGCAGGCAAAUCCUUAAGGGUCUACAGUUCCUACACACCCGUACGCCACCAAUUAUGCAUCGUGAUCUCAAGUGUGACAAUAUCUUCAUCACGGGCCCCACCGGCUCAGUAAAGAUUGGUGACUUGGGUCUUGCCACCCUCAUGCGGACAUCUUUUGCCAAGAGUGUCAUAGGGACUCCAGAGUUCAUGGCCCCAGAGAUGUAUGAGGAGCACUAUGAUGAAUCGGUGGAUGUUUAUGCCUUUGGCAUGUGCAUGCUGGAGAUGGCUACCUCAGAGUACCCAUAUUCAGAAUGCCAAAAUGCUGCACAGAUCUACCGCAAAGUCACAAGUGGUAUCAAACCUGCCAGUUUUGAGAAAGUACAUGACCCAGAGGUAAAAGAGAUCAUUGAGGGCUGUAUUCGCCAAAACCGAUUAGAACGGCUCUCCGUAAAAGACCUUCUUAAUCAUGCCUUCUUUGCGGAGGACACUGGUGUGCGUGUGGAGCUUGCAGAGGAAGAUACAGGCUGCAAAGACUGCCUCGCCCUGCGCAUCUGGGUUGAGGAGCCAAAGAAGCUAAAAGGCAAACACAAAGACAAUGAAGCCAUAGAGUUCAGCUACGAUCUGGAGAAUGAUAGUGCAGAGGAGGUUGCAUUGGAGAUGGUGAAGUCUGGCUUUUUCCAUGAAAGUGAUGCUAAGGUGGUGGGGAAAUCUAUCAGAGACAGGGUGACUCUAAUUAAGAAGUCCAGAGAAAGGCGGCAACAGCAGGUCCUCCAACAGCAGCAAAGUCUGGAUGAGCGUCGUGACUCAACAGUCCUCAACUCCUCCUUUGCCUCUGUUCAUCCCUCCUGCCCCUCCUCACUGGGUCCAGUUGCUGCUUUAGGUGAUGGGGUUCAUGGGGAGACAGAAGAGCUGCCAGAAGUGGACCAACAUGUGCAACAGCAAGGCACUGCAUUGGGCCACAAAGAUGUUACACCUUCUCAAAUCUUACACCCUCGGCCUGAUGAUUCCACCACUCCCCAGAGUUCUCUUGUGCAGUCACAGUCAUACAUCCCCCCGAUAUCACUUCAGGCACCCAUGGCCCAUGUCCUCACUGCCAAUGUUGGAGAGCCCAUGGCAUUAGCUGGCAACAUUAUGCCACCCAUGCAGACCCAACCUAGUAUUGCUCCUGUACAAACCACUGAUGUUUUACAACAGCAGGUGUACAUACAACAGCCCCAACAACAAGCUGCAAUACAGCAGCAAGUGUCAGUACAACAACCCCCAGUGGAACAAUAUCAACAACACCAGACACAACAACAACAGACACAGCAAGUUUAUUUGCCACAAAUGGCUAAAACACAAGAGCAGAACAUGGUAAAGACAAUGGUACAACAGCCACAAGUGCUUCAAACAGUCCAGCAACCAUUACAAUUGGCAGAGCAACAACAAAUACUUCUGAUAAGUCAACAAAUGGAGCAGCAACAGAAAGCUGUUUUUCAAAAUCAGUUGGAGCAACAACGUCAACAGCAGGUUUAUAUUCAACCACCUCAGCAUCAGCCACAAGUUGAGCAACAACAAAUUCUUCUGCAGCAACAGCAAAACAUGGCAGUGCAGCAGCACAUGGAGCAACAGCAGCAUGCGGUAAAACAACAGCAACAAAUAGAGCAGCAACAACAGACAAUUUUACAACAACAGGUGGAGCAACAAAGACAACAGCAACAGGUUCUUUUUCAGCAACAGCAGCUGGAACAGCAGCAGGUAAUAUUGCAGCAGCAACAACGUGAACAACAACAGGCUCUUUUACAGCAGCAACAGUUAGAACAGCAAGCCUUGCUACAACAGCAGCAACAACUACAGUUAAAACAGCAACAAGCUCUUUUACAUCAGCAACAGUUAGAGCAGCAACAGCAGGCAUUGUUUAAACGGCAUCAACAACAGCAGUUAGAGCAACAGCAAUCUCUUUUACAGCAACAGCAGCAAGCACUCCUUCAACAGCUGCAACAGCAGCAACACACUGAACAGCAACAAGCUUUAUUACGACAGCAACAGCCUCAGCAGGCUGUACAGCAACAGCCUCAGCAGGCUGUACAGCAACAGCCUCAAUUACAGAAGCCUACAGAAGAACUACAGCAGCAAAUAUUUCAACAACAGCCUGAUCAUCAACAACAGGCAUUAUUACAACAGAGAGAGUCGCAUUUGCAGCAACAAGUUCUAAUGCAACAUAUAGAGUUACAACAACAGGCACUAAAUGCUGAGAAACUACAACAAGUUUUAUUGCAGCAGCAGCAACAACCACCACUUUUGGAGCAACAAACAGCUCUUACAGAUCCUGGGCAACUGCACACAACUAUGAAAACACAGCCUACAGAGGCUGUCCGGCAAAUCAAUCAGCUACCACACUCUCAGCAAAUAAUUUCCCCACAACCUCAAUCUCAUUCAAGGCUUGCUCAACAACAAACAGAGCAGGAACAGGUCUUGAUUCAGCAUCAACAAGCUAUCCUCCCCCAGCCAUCACAUAGACCUUCCCUGGUGCCAACCAUGGUUCAAGCAGUACAACAGAUGUUUACCACUCAAAUAACUAGUCAUGUUCCAGCCCCAAUACACAUUCAGCAACAGAUGUCAGCUCAACCUUCAGCGGAAGUGCAAAUCCAAGGGGAGCCAGCAUUUUGUGGUCCGAUUUCACUGCAGACCCAAAGUCUUUCUACAGCACAGUCAAUGGGAGGGAAUAUUCAAGCAAGCCAGUUGCAAGUUUCACAACCAACCAAACAAAUCACAUCUCCAACACAGCCACCAGUUCCAACACCACAACCUAUAAACUCUUGUGUCCCAACUCAGAUGCAAAUUGUCUCACAAGGGCAUUGCCUUCCUUCACAAUCUCAAAUGGUACCAACUCAAGCUGCAGAUUCUCUCCUCUGUCAGGCUCCAAUAGUGGCACCAACACCUGGCCCUCUAGUGCAUGCCCAAAUACAGGCUGCUGCUACACUUUUGCCCACACAAUAUGCUCAAGCACCUGUCGCUCAGCAAACCAUCCAGUCAGUUCAACUAGAUCUCGCACAUACUGUAAAACAACAAGAGCCUCCUCUGCAGCAAUAUCAGCAAGCAGUACUGUCUCCAGCACCACUAACACCUACCAUUGACCCAAUGGCUUCUUCAUCAACACAGUGCUACAUGCAACAUACAAACCAACCACAAAUGCAGGGCCAGGCUCCACCACAGCCAGUCAUACCAGCUCAGCAACAACCAGUCAGUGUGGUCUCUAUGCAGACAGUCUUACAGCCCAUGCCUAAGGCUACCCAACAGUAUGAGCAGCAGCAGCAGCAACAACAACCUCUUCACCAUCAGCAUCAAGCCCAAACUUUGCAACAUCAACAACCCCUCCAUCUUCAACAUCAAGCCCAAACUGUGCAGCAGCUUCUGCCACCAAAUGCUGUACUACCCCAAGAUCUUCAGCAACAGUCCGGUCAGCCUCAACCUGUGCUCCAACAUAUUCUUCCUACGCACAAUCCACCCAGUCAGGUACCUCAGACCCAAGCAAGGACGGGACCUCUUUAUAGUCAGGUAGUCUCGGGUCCACCACCCUCCCCCCAAAACAGGCAGAAACCAACCCUUCUUGAUCAAACGUUCACACAAAUUUGCAUGCAAACACAAGCAAAUGCAAACACCCAGGCACAUGUUCAAACACAUCCCCUGCCACACAUGCAGACCCACGUAGAGACUAUUGGGAAUUUCGAGCAGCCUCCUUACUCCCAAACUGCCUUUAUGGGUCCAAAAAUCCAUCCAAGUCCAUCUCAUUCUUCACUACAACCCUCUGCCAUUCUCCCAACCCAACAGCCAGCUCUCCCAGUUUCAGAUGUUCCUAUCUCAAUGGAGGCAAGGCCAGCUGACAUGAUUCCUGCCUCCCCUCCUCCUGUCAAUCCUUCACAGUUCCAUGACUUUCAUGGCUCUGUUUUGCCCUCCGCCUCGCUGGCAGACAGUGAUGCUGCAUUGUUGGGCAUUGCUCAGGAGAGCCUAAAUCAAUCUGCCAACAGGAGCUCUUUAUUAUGUUCUGUUCCUGCCAACGGAGAUGAGUCUCAGUUGCUGUGGGCUAGUGGAAAAUCAGAAAAGGUGAAAUCUCAGAGGAGAACUUCAUGUCAGAAGACUGAAAAAACUCAUUUUCAACUGAGCAUGUUGCAGGUCUCUUGCACUGGGGACAACAUGGUAGAGUGUCAGCUGGAGACUCACAGCAACAAGAUGGUCACGUUCAAGUUUGACAUUGAGGGAGAUGCACCAGAGGACAUUGCGGAUUACAUGGUGGAGGAGGAUUUUGUCCUUGAGUCUGAAAAAGAGAAAUUUGUUGAGGAGCUGAGGGCUAUAGUGAAGAAAGCUCAAGUAAUUCUAAGCACUCAGUCACAGACUGGGUCCAUGGAGCAGCUACAUUUAAGCAACCCAUCCAGUGCAACAAUGGAUUCAGCCACUCAGUCUUCCCCAGUGGGUCGCUGGCGAUUUUUCAUCAAUCAGACAAUUCGCCAUCGUGACUCUCAUUCCAACCAGGGAGCUUCCACUCCCCCUCCAGUGGGAGAGGGCAGAGUUCCCAAGUCCACAGAAGCAGAGAAAGACCAUGAAAGCCCUCACCGCUCGGAGUCUUUUGCUGGGAUUGCAUCAUCCUUAAGUUCUUCAGUGUCUGCUGCUUCUCCUCCUGUCUCUACUGUAUCUGCCCCUGCAUCCAUGUCAUCCUCGGCCAUUGGUGCUCAGAAAGACAUCACACCUGCUGCCUUACCAACAGUAAAGCAAGUCUCCUCUGCUACCAUGACCACAGGCCCAAUCCUUGUCAUGGCCUCUAGCCCUUCUGCUCCUCUUUUCCCUGCAAAUGUGGCCUUCGUGGGCUCCAACAUGGAUUCAGGCGAUACUGUUGUAAAAGUGCUGAGCAUAUCUGAGAGUGAACAGCCUCUUUCUACAUUGUCAUCUUAUGGGACCCCUCCAGCAUCACUGGUGAGCCACACUGAUCCUUCACAGCAGUUGAUAGCUCAAACCAAAAUAGCAACCUUACAGAAGCCUGAGAUACUUCAACAAACCAUGGCACCCUUCCAACUCAAAGACACCCAGAUGCUACAGUCAACAAUAGGCACCACAGAACAGAUGCAGGCUCAACAGCAGAUUACACCUCCGCUGCAGCAGCAGGUGCUGCAGGCUGGACAUCAGGUCGCUCCACUGCAACCACAACUCCAAACAACGCCAACCAAAUCGAAAACACUACCACAGACAAUGCCAAUGGAGACAGUGCCCCAGCCUUUUCAGACAAGUCUUCCAGCAGUCCAGCAGCUACAGUUGCACCAUGUUUUGCCAUCUGUGCUGCCGCAGGUUCCACAACAACAAGUACCUGUUGAAUCUCAAGAACCACCAAUGCCGCAGACCACAUUCUUGCAGCAACACGGCCUCCAGCAAACAACCAGUCCUGAACAGCACACAAUAAUACCACAACAGACAGUUCCUAUAGACCAGUAUGUGUCUCAAGAAACAGUGCAGGCCCCAACAAUGCUGUCCAUGCAGCCACAGCAUGGCUUCCAGACACAAGAUCCCCUACAGCUUCGAGCACAGUUUCAGCCUGUGAUCCCACAGCAGCUCUCGAGUGAGCAAACACAUGUUGUGCAGCCACAGACAUUACUUCAGCAGGUACCUCAUGAUAUGCUGCACUCUCAACCAAUGGCACAAACCGCAGUGCCUCAAGCUGUGCAGAAGCAAGAAUCUCUCCAGCACUCUGAGUCGGAGCUGUCCAUGUGUAAGGCCAGCAUUGAGGACACCAUCAGCCACUCUGCCCUGCCCCAUCCCUCUUUAGACACCUCUCUACCACCCCUCCCUCUCACCGAGACAGCGCUGCCACCCCUCUCUUACACAUUUACCCCCUCUCCAGCCCAGCCUUCCUCAGUAGCUGAGUCAGACAGUGAAGGCCCCCCAAAAAUUGAGUUUGUGGACAACCGUAUAAAGACUUUGGAUGAGAAGCUUAGAACUUUGCUGUAUCAGGAGCACAGUGGGACAACAUUGGGAAGUGGCACCACUGGUGCCCCCAAUUCCACCUCUGCAUCUGUUGCAGCUUUCACCUCAGUGGGAGGCGACGAAUCUUCAGAGCCCCACUAUACAUUCUCCCCACCUCCUGCCACCUCUUCAGACACUUCCCCUAACUCCACUUCUUCUACCACCUCCUCCACCACCCCUCGCUCUUCCUCAACCUCUCCUGAUGGAGAGAAGGAGAGAGCAGGUGAGGAGAUGGCCCAAUCUGCUGCUGUGCAACGCCAGCCUGCCUCAUUCUCCUCUACUUCCCCACCCUGCUCUCUCCUCUGUCCCAUACAGGAGCCCGGACCUCCGCCUGUGCCUGGUGAACCCUCAGUAAGCGCUGCCCCCUCCGUUUCUGAAACCUUCACCUCUGGAGAUGUUCAGUUGCCUUCCUCUUCUCAGCAGCCCAUCCCUCCAUGGCCUGGACAGCAGCAGCACAAUGAAGGAGGUGGAUAUUUUGGCCUAAACCUGACAUGUCCUAGUAUCAGAAAUCCUGUUAGCAAGAAAUCCUGGACUCGCAAAUUCAAAAGCUGGGCAUGCAAACUGCGCCACUCCGCCAGCUUGUUCAAGAAGCCCAAAGUCCAGCAAGAUGGCAACUCCAGCAGUCAGGGGAUAAAGGAUGAGACAGAGACUACAAAUAUCCAGCCCUACUCACGCAGAGGACGUUUCCAGGUGAUUCCAGUGUCCCAUCCCCCUCAAGCACAAGAAGCUGUACCAAGCCAAGGAAUCACACACAAAAAAGUUGGCCGUUUUUCAGUCACCCAGGCCAAACAGAGAGAGGAACAUCUGACGGACAGCUCCCCAGUUUCACCUGACUUGGAGCGAGAGAGGAGGAAAUCGAAAGGGAAGGAUGGCGAGAAAGAGGAGAGGAGAACUACCCCAUCCAGCCACCCACACAGGAUUCACAUGCACUCGCCCCUCGGCAGUAGCGAUGAUGAGAGUGAGGUCGAGGAUGAAGAUUUGAGGAGAGAGCUCCAUAAGCUGAGAGAGAAACACAUUAAAGAGGUGGUAUCCCUUCAGGCAGAGCAGAACAAAGAGCUGCAGAAUUUGUACAGGCAGCUUCGCACUCUUAAAGAUCACAGACAGCCUCUUCCACCGACCCUGCCUAGGACCCCCCCUUUGCCGUCCUCUCCCUUCGCCUUCUCCCCACGCAGACCCCGACCCAGCAAAGCCAAACUCCGGCCUCGACCCCACUCUCACAUGGAUAACAACGGAGUCACGCAUGAAGGGAGUCUUCAGCAGUCCAGCAGUUAUUCUGGCGGGGAGCAAAGCAGACUCCAUUCGUACUGCAAGCCAGAGAAGACAGCUUCAGUGACUGCUUAUAGAGACCAGAGUCCCUCAUCCCAGAGUUCUGCCAACAGAAAGAGCACAUUCACUGAUGAGCUGCACAAACUUGUUGACGAGUGGUCAAAAGAAACUGUUUUCCCUGUUCAAACCAAGCCUUCACUAAAUCAAAUCAAACAGAUCCAACAAGUGCAAGAGUUGGGCGGGUGGGGCCAGACUACUGAGACCACUGCUUCAUCUGGAUGGUUUUCAGCGGCUCCUUUGAACCCUCAGAGUGCUCAAAAAUCAGUCACCUUGUCUACAAUAGCUUCUGCCCCCUAUAGCACCAUCGGUGGACAAACACAGCCACCUCCAAAGCAGUUCCCUAUCGCUCCUCCUCCCCAGCAGAAUGCACACGUGCAGCCUGCCCUCCACCAUCAGUCCUUGCAGUACAGCCAGUCUCCCCUGCACCUGCAGCAGGUCCAGCUUCUGUCAGGAGCUGUGCCCCAGUCACAAACCCAGCUGCAGCCGCCAGCCUCCGGCACGCCUCCGCAGCUGCCUUCCCUCACUGCCUCCCCCUCUGUGAUGACCACAGAAGGGCCUCCACUGCCCCCUGUUAAAAGCAUCACAGCUGCCUCUGCCUCUACCGUUACCAAUCAAGACACUGUCACCGCUGCAACCUUCUGCUCAUGCUCGUCCUCAUCAUGCUCCUCUUCCUCCUGCUCAAACUCCACUCUGCCUUCCAGUGCCAAGCUUCACGCCAAGCCCUCAACCUCCACCCUUCCCUUAGAACAGCAGUGAGAUGGGGCAAUUGAUUGUUUUGAUUGAGCAAGAAGGAGAGAUAGAAUUUAAGAGAGCAUGACCAAGACUAAACAGACCAACAGCGUGUUAGAUGGAAAACAGCUCUAAUGUAUAUCUUGUACAGGAAGGAAAAUAGUAGCAAGUGAUUGUGUGUUGGUGUGCAUGAGUUGGGGGUGUAAAAAUUACGUUGUGUGUGUUUUUGUGUGUGUGUGUUUGUGUUGCAUUUUUCCAUACAUAUCCUCUGUGUGUUUCCGCACUGUCAAGUUUUAUAUCCAACUAAGUUGGACCUAAAUUCUCCCUAUAUAGAGACAUGUUGCAAGAAGAACCUUUUGACAAGUAUGAUCAUCUUUGUUUUUAUUUAUCAAUGCUUCAAAUGAAAGGACUAUUUGAAUUCAAAAGUGCAA